CACGCAGCAGCGUCUCUCGCUGAAGCAGAGCGGAGCACAAGAGUAAAACAUGGCGACCUCGAAUAAUCCGCGCAAAUUCAGCGAGAAGAUCGCGCUGCACAACCAGAAGCAAGCGGAGGAGACAGCUGCGUUCGAGGAGGUGAUGAAAGACCUGAGUAUUACCCGGGCGGCCCGCUUACAGUUACAGAAGACACAGUAUUUACAGCUUGGUCAGAACCGAGGCCAGUACUACGGUGGCUCUUUGCCAAAUGUCAAUCAGAUUGGAAACAACUCCAUUGACCUUCCCUUUCAGACUCCUUUUCAGAAUUCCGGGAUGGACACAAGUAGAGUGACUCGUCACCAUGGGUUGGUGGACAGGGUGUAUCGAGACAGGAAUCGCAUCACAUCCCCACACCGCAGACCACUCUCUGUGGACAAACACGGACGUCAGAUUGAUAGCUGCCCAUAUGCUUCGGUGUAUCUGUCACCACCACCUGACACCAGCUGGAGGAGGACCAACUCAGAUUCUGCCCUGCACCAGAGCACUUUGAACCCAACACCACAAGAUGGAUUUGCCGGAGGUUCUCAAGAUUUUCAGCCAAAACAAGUUCUUUAUCUCACUAUGCCGGGAACAGGGGACCCAGAGAGCGACUUGGACAAAGAGUGUCAAAAACAGAUAUGGGAUCAUAAAAAGAAUACAUCAUCAAGGCCCAAAUCAAACAAAAUACCUGGAAUUAACAUAUUUCCAUCUCCAGAUCAGGAAAUGACUACAUCUCUAAUCCCAGCGGCGCACAACACGGGCGGCUCCCUGCCAGACCUAACCAACAUCCAGAUCCCCCCACCUCUCCACACACCUCUGGACCCCGACGACUCCACUCUCAGUGCCUCCAACAGCACUGGCAACCUGGCCAACUCUCACAUGGGCCUCACUUCUGGCAGCCAAGCCCGGCCCACGGCGACGGCGAGCAUUCAGCGCCGACACGAGAAUGUGGCUCCUCUUAUUCUCGACACAGACUCCCAGCAGCAUCAAAGUCUCCAGCAGCUUUCUCCCACCCUCUCUCCUCCACUCUCUCUAGCUCAGGCAGUGACAAUAGACACCAUGACGCUGGAGCAGCAGUUAGCUCAGUAUGCUUUCUUCAGUCAGCCGUCCACACAGAUGGGAAUCAGUGGAUUUCCUCAGCUCCAACAGAACACUCAACUGCCACCUGGCUCAGUCAACCAGACACAGACUUCUGUGGACAUUGACAUUAACACGGCUUCUUCCCUCCAGCAGUACCGCUGUAGGGUGGGGUCUUCGGCCAAUCAGUCUCCGACUUCUCCGGUCUCCAAUCAAGGCUUCUCUCCGGGGGGCUCGCCUCAACACUCCUCCAUUCUGGGAAGUGUCUUUGGUGAUGCGUUUUAUGACCAGCAGCUGUCUCCCCGGCAGACCAGCGCUUUGUCUCAGCAGCUGGAGCAGUUUAACAUGAUUGAGAAUACCAUCAGCUCAAACAGUCUUUACACAGAGGGAUCCACUCUAAACUACUCGCAAGCCGCAAUGCUCAACCUCACCGGUAGCCACGGCAACCUGCAGGACGCGCAGCAGCUAGGCUAUAGCAGCCAUGGGAACAUCCCCAACAUCAUUCUCACAGGUGACAUGAGCUUUGACGGAGACUCCCAGUUCCCCUUGGAUGAGCUUAAAAUUGACCCACUAACCCUGGACGGCCUGCACAUGCUCAACGAUCCUGACAUGGUUCUUGCAGACUCCGCCACAGAAGACGCUUUCCGAAUGGACAGGCUGUAAUCUUUUAGGUAUAUGAUAUUUAUUUGUCCUCUUUAUUGGAUCGGUAUUAAGUUUUCACAGCGUGUCCUAACCGAUAUUCAAAGCCCACCUUUAAGGAAGGUGGGGGGUGGCUGUGAUGACUGAGAAUGUUCUCAUAGAAAAAGUCCAAACUAAUGAAUCAACCUUUUAAAGAAGCAGCCCAUAAUUUUUUAGGAUUAUUCUGACACCUUUAACACUACAUGAGUGAAUGAGUCUGUAUUCUCCCUCGAUUCCCUUCCAUAUGUUAUCCCGUUUUAUUUUCUGUAGAAGUCCUUUCUACUCUCCUCCACUGUCAUUCAUAUAUUUGCAGCUCACCUUUUACAAACUUGUGUUACAUGCCACUUUGUUUUGACUACAGAUAUUUAUUUAUGCACUUUUAUACUUGCAUAUGUCACCACAUAGUUUGCAUUGAGUUGCUUUUAUUAUUUAUAUUCUUAAACAAGUGUUGUUUGACACCAAGAAUGGUUAGAAAGGAGUGUUAAUCCUCCCCGUUUUAAGGGCAGUACUGAUGUCCUCAUGCAUGAAACACAUUUUACACAUGAACACUAAUGUACUCAAGGACAGCUAUGUUUCUUCAGUGGGGUCUGAAUAUUUGAUUGUAAUCUGUCAUAAAUGUCUAGUUUUGUCACACUGUAAUGAGAUAAUGGUUCAAGUUCAAAUGAAUCUGGUUGAAAAAAAAAAUUCGCACAUGCUUAAUAUGGUACACAUAUGGUACACGUUAAGAUGUUCAAAAUAUGCACACCCUUACACACCAUUGCACUAAUUUAAAAAUGAAGCAGAUCGACUGCCUCUCAAUUAAACAUUUCAUUUUGGACCUCUGUGUAGGCUGCAUGUAACUGUCGACGGGCAUGUUUACUAUCAGUGCAGUGAACCUGAUACAAUCAAAAUAAUGCUGGCAUUACUUACAGAUUACGUUUGCUAGGAAAGAAACAUGAACGACACAGUACAUCAUUAUGAUGAUCGUUUGCAUACAUGUAUCAAAACUAGUCACUGUGAUAACCAGAUUCUGCCUUACACUGAGAAGAUUCAGUAUUUUGUCAGUUCCGUUCUGUGAAGAUUCUCUUGUAUUUUGUUAGUGAAAUGUGGUACUGUAAAUUUAGCUGUAAUUUAUUGUGACUUUGGUGCACUGCUCUCAUUUGUCUUUUGGUUAUCGUGACAUCAUAUGCCCAAAAGGGGAGGUUUACUACUCUUAAGUAUUACUUUUUGUUUGUUUAUUUGAAAAUCCUAUCAUGUUUGUUAUUUCCUUUUCUUUCGAUUUUUAUACUCUUAACACUUUUAUAAGUGUUAGGAUUUUGUUUACAAAACCUUUAGAAAGAACAUUAAUGCAAUGUUUAGAGUAAAUAAUGCUAAAUAUAAAAGUAUAUAUAUUUAAGAAAUUUUGUUUCUCUAGUCUACAUUUAAAGGGAGAACCAGAUUUGGAAGAAUAUCUAUGCAAAGUAUAAUCAAAUGUUCUAACACUCAAAAAUACUAAAGAAUAGCUCAAACAGAAGUGUUGCUUUUACAGCAUCUAUAGGUUCUGAGUCAGUGCAGCUGAAUUUUAAUUGUUGCAUGGAUCGCUUUAUUUACAGCAAAGUGGGCAAAAGAGCGGCGGAAAAUGCAUGAAAAAUGCUUUUAGAUCUCAACUUUGUUAGGGGUUCAUCCCAUGAUUGCACCAUGUAAAUUUGUAACUUGUGUACAAACUUAAAGCAUGACCGACAUGUACUUUGUCACAGACAAUUGUUUUCAUGAGGAUCAUGCUGUGUAUGUUAAAAAUGUAAAAUACUUGAGGGAAAGGAUGUGUCAGGUAGACAGUUACUGUUAUAUUCCUUUACUUGACUGCCACGUGGAAAGAACCAGAAUGUAUUUCAUCACAUUUUAUGUAGGACCAAACAUAUUACGAUCUAGCAUUAUUUUGUUACUGUGACGUGAACUUUUCCAUGUGCAUCAGUGUGACGCCUUCAUUUCACUGCGCAUUGUACAGAGGCUAUUAGCUGAUCACCAUCGCAAGUAUUGGUGAUUUCAAAGCUGUUCACUCUUGAAAUUUGACAUUUUUUCACAUCUGUAUCUGUGUAGUCAGCGUUUAUGUGAACUUCUAACGAGAGUAUAUCACUUCUUACAUUUACUUGGCACUUUAAUCAGUACUCGGUCUCUUUUGCGUUCUUUUACACCUUUCUGAGUGACUGUUACGUGCACUGGGUCUAUUUCCCCCUAUGUUUGGCCGACUUUGCCUUCUACUAAAAGACAAGUAUUUUUGAAAAAGUGAAAAGUGUCUGUUGUGUAUUAUGAUUUUAUACUUGGUCAAUGCUAAAAAAAAAAACUUUUUUAUGUAGUUUUAGGAAAGUAUGAAAGUGCCCCGAUAUUAACAAGAUGCAUUAAAGAAUGCAGGUAAUUUUUCGAUCUCAAUUCACCAUCUUUGUAAAGCUUUCAUCUCUGGAUUAAAGUGUAUCAUUACCAAGAUCUGAAGCAACCUAGUACUGGCCAAAAAAGGAGAUCAUGAAGAAAAAAAGGUCUUUCAUCAUUUAAACUUAUUCAGUUGCUAAUGUAUGCACAGCCUUCAUGUACAUAAAUGCUACACUAAUACUAUAUUUUAAAAUCUAAGAUUAGAGCGUAAAAUAUUUAAAAUAUAUAUAUAUAAAUAAAUAAAACAAACAAUAUGGAACUCUAUGUUUUUACAUUUUAAAAUGCUUGAAGUGGACUCUAUACUGUCCCUUAGUUCAAGGGUUUCUAACUUUCCUCUAACUCAUGGUUUAAAUAAACAUCUGUGUCCAUUAUCAAGUGACAUCACACUUCUAGCCAAAUUUUAAGAAUCCCUGCUGCAGAUGUACAUGCAGCAUUGCUUUCUAUACACUGAACUUUGUUUAAGCUUUGUGAAAUAUUAUCCUCUUUUGUCUUUGUUUUGUAGUGUUUGCAGUAGAACUAUUAGUUUCUGGCAGAUGUUGUUUUGUUUUGUUUUGUUCUUUCUUUAGUGUGCGUAUAUGGAAUUUGAUGUUUAAGUACUGUAAAAGUCUCAUGCUCAAGGUCUGUUGGCUGCAACGUAGAUCUGUGGUUUCUUUGCUAUGGUUGCUUUUUCUGCUCAGUUCUUCGAUUUACUAGGUAUUUUUCCUGUAAGGCAGUUAACUACAGGUUAAAUUAAAAAAAUUGUCACAAGAAUCUAUAUAAUUCAGGUAAAAAGAGACAAAAUUUUACUACGUUCAAAACAGACUCAAUUCAGAAAUGGACAAAAACUAAAUCAAUGUUGUUAUUUAUUGUUUAUCUGAAUACCUGGAUAUAAACUGAAGUAUACUGAGUAUUAUAAAAAGUUUUUUUUUUUGUACUUGAUAUCAUUCAUGGGAAAUACAUAGUGUUAAAGUUGUUUUCCCAUAAAUUGAUAAAGUAUUGUCUAUUUUCCCCUGAUAACAGAUAUGAUGUUUUUAAUGGUUAUAUAUUUUAUGCAUCAAUGAGUGUGCCAAUAGCUUUUUUUUCAAAAGAACCCUAUACAAAAACUUAUUUCUGUCUACUUUUCAAAAUUACAUUGAAUCAGUCAUUUUAAUUAAUCAUUUCAAUCAUUUGCCAAAAUUCCCUGUUAAUAUGACCAGAAAACGACUUGCAAUGAAAGUGUGCAUGUAUACGUUACCUGCAUUCGUUCUGCUUUAUCAACAAAGCCAUCAGAAAAAGACCAAAUUGGCUUUUACCCUUUAAUUAUUCUGUUCAAUUAUUUUAGUUUAAUUAUGCUGAGAAUAACUGUAGGUGCUUUUGCCUCAUGGAAAUUCUUUUUACACUUAAGGACACCCCUGUUUUAAAAAUGAAGCAGUUAUUUAUACUCUAUUAUUUAUUCCUGGCCAUCUAUUUACAUGAAAUCUAUAUCACUUCAGCCUUUAAUACUGAAAACUUGCUUUAUAAUGGGGGUAACUUUUGCUGCAUGGUACUGAAUAUUAAAAUACCUGUAAGUCUUAAUGUGAUGUCCUGCUUUUUGCAGUUAUCAAGCUCUGCGUAUAUCUAAAAUGCUAUUACAUUACUAAAACUCUUGCAACUGGAAAUAUUUUCAUAUCAAGUGAUUUUGUAUUCUUUUGUUUUAACUACAAAAAAAUGUUUUAAGGCGAGAUGACAUGGUAACACAACCCAGUGGAAUUAAAACGCAUAAACAAAACUUUACAACCCUGUUACAGUAUGUGCAUUUAAUGAAUGUGAACUACUGUCUUAGUAGUUCAUGUCUCUACGAAGGCAGCUUAUUUCUAUUUUUUCAAUGUAUGAUGAUUCAAAUGAUGCACAUACAUUUGACGGCAAAGUUCAAACAUUAAUUCAAUUUUUUGCAACAGGUCAUCUUGGUUAUACUCGCCAAAUAUGCAAACCUAGCUUUCAGGAACAGCUUUGCAGCUCUGUGGUUUGUUUAUCCGACCCUUUAAAAUGAAAGAAAACUGUUUUCCUCUUACUAAUCGUUUUCUAUAAAAUAUAGAAAGCAAAAAGGAGACUAUAAAACGAUGUGAGGUGUGUAGAUGUGUCUUACUUAUUUAAAACAAAAUGUUACCAAGCUCAAUUCCAUUGUCCUUACUGUAUUUUUCUGUGUGGAAGCUAAAGUCUUUGUACCUUUGCAUUGAUAUUUGUUUAUUAAAUUGAAUAAAAAAUGUACAAAUGAACAAUUAUUUGUCU